ACCCUAUUCUUUUAUGUCGCCGAGGAAUUCUGGCACUGUUUAUCUUAAUUGUUAAACGAGUUGCUGUUACCAUAGCUUUAAUCGAUCGUCGCCACACCACAGGCUUUUGGUAUUCUGGAUUUGAAAAAAAAAUGAAUUUUUAUUGAAUUGAUAUAAUUUUUGGACAUUGUAUGGCUGAGAAGAGAUUCGGCUGGAAGAGGAAAGCAGAGGACUGUAGUGCACACCCGUGCACACGGUCCGCCUGCUCUGCUCGUCUCUUUGGGAGAUCGAAGCUUUUGUUAUGAUGUGUCUGGAAAUUUUCAGCGCCUCUAAGGCUUGUGCAGCAGUGGUUGAAAUUCUUUUGAGGAAUUUUAGAGUGAUUUGUAUUUGAGGCAAGAUAGGUUUUUUAAGCAGAUCGUGGUUUGUUGACGGAGAGGAGGAGAGGGGAGGGAUCCAGAAAAUUAUUUGUAAUUGUUGAAGAUUUCUAGCCGCAUUUGGCAUUUUUCAGGUUUCUGGCAUCAAAGCCAGGGUUAUCGGAGCGAAAACAGAGCUGCAUUGUGAGCUGUGGAUGUGUUUUCGGUAGUGAAGCUGUAUUUGGGUGAAAAGUCAGAAAAUUGGUUCUAGAAGAUUUAAUCUGAGAAUUUGAUGACUUUUUGUCAUUUCAGAGGCUUGAUGAUCAAAGGUCGGGGAAUUUGGUGAUUUUUUGUGAUUUCCGCGGCUGCAAGUUUGAAGAUUGGUGCAUUUUGAGAAGAUUUUGUGAUUUCAACGGGUGCACAUUUGAAGCUCUCGAAAUUGAUGUGUUUUUGUUUAGAUUUCGUCCUUUUAGAGACUUGAUGUUCAAAGGUCUGAGAAUUUGUUGCAUUUAUUUGAAGAUUUGUUCUGCUGGUGAAUGCUGGCUAAAUUAUUGGAGGACUUUGUAAAGGCGGAGGAAAUAAAGGUUUUCACCCUGGCUGAGUUGAGGGAGCUUCUGCUUCUGGCGUCUCUGCUCAGCUCAAAAUACUUGUGCCAGGAGCACCAGUCAUUAAAGCGCAGGGACAAGCGAGAGGCAAUGGCGUGGUUUGUCAGAAUGUGGGGCUUUGUUUUCGUUAUUCUUUCAGUUGUGAUUGUUUUUCCUUCGCAGCAGUCGUGGUCACCGGCAGAGGCGAUUCGAUCUUCCCACUUCGAUUUUCGGCAGGAGGAUUUUCAGCCGGGUAAGUCAUCGCCUCUGACAUUUUCGUUUAAGGAAGCUCCGGCAUUUCGGAACGGGAAAGAAUGCGGCCGAAUAAAUAGAACCAGAGAGAAAAAAGCCUGCGAUCCAGCUUAUGUGCACAUAGCCAUUACGCUAGAUGCAGAGUACUUGCGAGGCUCGAUGGCUGCAGUUCUGUCUGUUCUUCAGCACGCGUCCUGUCCGGACAACAUUUUCUUCCAUUUUCUGGUGACGGAAAUGGAGCUGGAACUUCAAACCCUAGUAAGGACUACAUUUCCUUAUCUGAAAUUUAAGUUUUACUACUUCAAUGCAGAUCUGGUAAAAGGCUUGAUCUCGAGCUCAGUAAGGCAAGCGCUGGAACAGCCGCUAAAUUAUGCGCGCAAUUAUCUGGCCAACAUGCUGGAGCCCUGUGUGAGAAGAGUCAUUUAUCUGGACUCCGAUCUGGUGGUUGUGGAUGAUGUAUCAAAGCUAUGGAACAUCAGCCUCGGCGAGAUUCGAACCGUGGGCGCCCCAGAGUAUUGCCACGCAAAUUUCACAAAGUAUUUCUCCAAAGCAACAUUCUGGUCGGACGAGCAGCUUUCCAAAAGCUUCCAGGGCAGAAAUCCCUGCUAUUUCAACACCGGUGUUAUGGUCAUAGAUCUGAUGAAAUGGCGGCUCAACAAUUUCACUAAAAAGAUCGAACACUGGAUGGAAGUUCAGAAGGAAAAGAGGAUUUACGAGCUCGGAUCUCUGCCGCCUUUUUUGCUGGUUUUCGCCGGAAAUGUGGAACCGGUCGACCACCGGUGGAAUCAGCACGGCCUCGGAGGAGAUAACGUCAACGGCAGCUGCCGGAAUUUGCAUCCGGGGCCCGUGAGUUUGCUUCACUGGAGCGGUAAAGGAAAACCGUGGCUGCGCAUCGAUGCCAAGGAUCCUUGUCCGUUGGAUUCCCUUUGGGCACCGUACGAUCUCUACGUGGCGUCAUCUCGGCGGUAGGGAGCUCCCCAAGAUAAUCUGCUUUUAACGGCUUUUCCGAACUCUACAUGAAAAGCACGAUACACGGCGGGGUAAGCUUUUCCAAUACUAUUUUUUCCCAUUUUUAGCGACGUUUCCGUCGGCCGGAAAUUAGUCCAUUCGUGCAUAUUAUCAGGGCCCUGAUAAAUUUGGCGGUGUUCGUUUGCCAUUUUCUGUCUUUAGUGUUUUUACAUGUAAAGAUUGAUUAAUAAAAGAUUAUUAUUUGUUGAUUGCCUAGGCCAGGCUGGCUUCCUCGCUUUGGAGGCGGCUUUACCAGGCCCAUUUAGAUGAUGAUGAACCGUGGUUAAUAUUUUUUUUUUCCUUGCUUACUAUUUUUUUAAAGAGGAGACAAAUUAUUCGAA